AUGAAGUUUCCAGCCAGUGCCGUCGUUGCAGCAGCCAUUCUCUGCGUGGUGCCAUCCACGUAUUCCUUUGCUCCUGCCACCACCACCAUCACAAGAACAACAAGAACAACCACCACAAGAGUUUCACAGGACUACUCAAAUACCAUCAGCCCGCUACAGGCUGUGAGUGUCAGUGCCAUGAACGUGCCUGCAGUCGCAUCCGUUCCAAAGGUCGCCCAGCGAUGGAGAAAGAGCACCAAGCAACUUGUCACAUUGGGACCUGCCUCGUCGACCAAGGAAAUGAUUGAGACACUAUUUCUAGCAGGAGCUGAUGUCUUUCGUUUGAAUUUUUCGCAUGGAUCUCAAGAACAAAAGAAGGAACUGUUGAUGACCAUUCGAGAGAUUGAAGAAAAGUACUCCCAUCCCAUUGGUAUUUUGGGAGACUUGCAAGGGCCAAAAUUGAGAGUUGGCGAAUUCUCCAGCCCCGACGGCGAAUAUUUGGAAAAGGGACAAGAAUUUACCUUUGACUUGGACGAAGCAAAGGGUGACACUACCCGCGUCCAAUUGCCUCACCCGGAAAUUAUCAAGGCCAGUGAAGUCGGACACACCCUCAUGGUCGACGACGGCAAGGUUCGCCUCACAGUCACGGAAACUGGUGACGACUACUUGAAGUGUCGAGUGGAAGUUUCUGGAAAGAUUAGCAACCGCAAGGGAGUCAACACACCCGAUUCCAUCCUCAAGAUUUCUCCCCUCACUCCCAAGGAUCGCAGUGAUUUGGAUUACAUGCUCAAAAUUGGAGUCGACUGGGUGGCUCUAUCCUUUGUCCAACGCCCGGAAGAUAUUGAAGAAAUUCGAGAAAUUAUUGAUUCCAAGACAGAGCCGGGAGGCUUCAAGCCAUGCGUCAUGGCAAAGAUUGAAAAGCCAUCUUGCUUUGAUGAUGAUCACUUGGAGCGAUUGGUCGAUUUGUGCGAUGGGAUCAUGGUGGCCCGUGGUGAUUUAGGUGUCGAGUGUGCCCCCGAGGAUGUCCCUAUCUUGCAAAAGACGAUUAUUGAUGAAUGCCGAAAACAAGGCAAACCAGUCGUUGUGGCAACACAGAUGCUCGAAUCCAUGAUUGAAUCUCCUACACCCACCCGUGCCGAAGCCAGUGACGUUGCCACCGCAAUUUACGAUGGUGCCGAUGCCAUUAUGCUCAGUGCCGAAUCGGCCGCCGGAGAUUAUCCCGAAGAAUCUGUGGCCAUGCAACAACGCAUUAUCAAUCGAGUCGAGGGGGAUCCUCACUACCGCCGGUACUUGGAUUCCAUUAUCCAAGUCAACAAAAAGACUCCCACGGAUGCCAUGAUUGUGGCCGCGCGUCAAAUUUCCCAAACCAUUGACGCCAAGGGGAUUGUCACGUUUUCUCUCACCGGAUCCACCGUUCGUCGUGCCUCCCAAAAGAGACCACCCGUGCCGAUCAUGGCCCUUUGUCCCUUUAAGGAAACUGCCCGCCAGCUUGUCAUGAGUUGGGGUGUUUACCCCGAUCUUCCAAAUGCUGCAUCUUACGGGUACGUUGUGGAUGAUGAAGAGGUUCUCGACUAUGACGAAGCCAUUGUCGAAAGAGCCACCGAUGAUUUGGACUUGGUCCUUCGAAAUGCUUGCCGAGCCGCCUUGAAGAAGGGAUUGGUGUCCGAUCCAGAUGAUCUACUUGUCGUUACAGCUGGACUUCCGUUUGGAACUCCAGGAGCUGCCAACUUGAUCCGUGUGGUUCCGGCUGCUGGUCCAAGUUGUUGGGAUGGAACUUGCCGCGUGGAAUAA